GGUUUUUCUCGCCAUCUACUGUCUGUUUUCUCUAUAUAUUUUUUAAGUUAAACUCAUACUAGUGGUGGUAGGCUGCUUUUAAGCCUUUCGUGACAAAACUUGGGCCGUUUUCUUGGGAAAGUUUGAGGUGACGGACAGUGUCACUUUGUGGCUGUCACGCAGGCACGCGCGCGCUCACUCAAACAGCCACGCGCACGUGCGCACUCGCUCACCCUGGUCAGCGGGAACGCGCCCGGGUCCCAGAGUCAGUCCGAACCGACCCUAGUCUCGAGCGGAACAGUGACGGAGAGAAACGAAUAUUACGGGAAGCAAGUUGAUCUUUAUUCAGCUGUGGAGUUGCUGCUGACAUGGGGACACCAGGAUCAGGACGAAAACGGGCCCCGGUUAAAGACCGUUUCUCAGCGGAGGAUGAGGCUCUGAGCAGCAUCGCCAGAGAGGCCGAGGCUAGACUUGCUGCGAAGAGAGCUGCUCGCGCAGAGGCCCGGGACAUCCGAAUGAGAGAACUGGAGCGACAGCAGAAAGAGGCUGAUGCAGAAAAGGCCCGUCAUGGUCAUCAUUCCAGUAGCCACAGCCGACGGGGAUUAAAUGAUGACACAGCGUCGGUUCGGAGUGUCGGAAGUUAUAGGUCAAAUUCGUCCUCUUUGCGAGACUUGAGCAGUUCUCAUCACUCCAGUCGGCUUAGUUCUUCCAGGAGAAGAGACUUGUUGUCUGGUGUCUCCAGUAGUUCUGCUUUGAAGAGCUCCGUUUCCACUAGCUCUGUAUAUAAUGAUCUUCACAAAAAACAUGUUGGCAGUAGCUCCAAAAAGGACCUCCUGACUGGAUUGUAUCAUGACCAAAGAAACUACACCAGCUUAAAGAACUCCAAACCUCCUCCCUCUUCCGUCUCUACCUAUACGCCACGGGCUCCGUCCAGCAGCAGUUCUGCAGGUCUGACGCGCAGCUGUAGUGUGGCCUCCAUAUGUGACGAUGGUCUGUAUAGUUCAUAUGGUUCAAGAGCUCCCUCUGAAUGCAGCUGGUAUUCUUCUGGUGCCAGCUCUACCCGUAGUAGCCCUGUGUCAUCCUCUGAUGACGAUUCUGUCAGCACUGUGUCCCAAAGUCGACGUGGGAGAAGGGAUAGUGUGUUGUCUGAUUUCUCGGAUAUCUCUGAGACGGCUGCUGAUUAUUUCAGCCGCUCUAAUCGCAGGGGCAGCAUUGUCUCUGAUCUUGAUGAUUUGAGCAUCCCAGACCUGGAUAGUCUCGAUGAGAAAUGUGACAAGCAGUUUACAGACACCUUCAGUCGGCCAUCCUCUCGAUGUGCCACCCCGGCGCUCUCCGCAGCUGCCCUGGCAUCUCUGGGAGGAAGCACGUCUAGAAGGGGCAGCGGAGAUGCUGGAAGCGUCAUUAUGGAUGCAGAGGCUUCUCUCAGCGAAUUAAGGGACAUCUAUGAUCUAAAGGACCAGAUUCAGGAUGUAGAGGGCCGAUACAUGCAGGGUCUUAAAGAGCUGAAGGAAUCUCUGUCAGAAGUGGAGGAGAAGUACAAGAAAGCCAUGGUAUCCAACGCUCAGCUGGACAACGAAAAGGGGAACCUCAUUUACCAAGUGGACACACUCAAAGAUGUUUUAGAGGAGAUGGAAGAGCAAAUGUCAGAGCUGCGCAGGGAAACAGAGGAGAAAUCAAAGGAGCUCGAGCGACAGAAGCACACAUGUUCAGUUCUACAGCACAAACAAGAGGAGCUGAAGGAGGGCAUUCGUCAUCGAGAUGAGCUCAUCGAGGAGAACCAGAAAUUUCAGGAAAAACUAGAUACCCUCACAAGAGAGGUGUUUGACCUGCAGGAAACUGUUAACUGGAAGGACAAAAAGAUUGCGGCGUUAGAGAGACAGAAAGAAUACUUUGGUUGCAUUAGGAAUGAGAGAGAUGAGCUCAGGGAUGAGCUGGCUGACCUCAAGGGGAAAAGCCGAAUGGAAGAGAAACAUGGGCUGGUCAUCAUACCCGAGGACAUGCCCAACGGAGACGUCAGCCUCGAGUCCCCUACCUCAGGCAUGACCGUGGUAAAACAAGACGUAGCGCAGGUGCUGGAGUCAGCAGGAGACGGACCUUUGGAUGUAAGACUACGAAAGCUUGCGGAUGAAAAGGAUGAACUUUUGUCCCAGAUCAGAAAACUGAAGAUGCAGCUGGAGGAAGAAAGGCAAAAACACUCAAAGAUCGACAGUGUUUACACAGAAGGAGAGCGAAUGGAGAACGGCACUGACCUGCAUUUCAUCGAGAUGCAGAGGGAUGCCAAUAGGCAGAUAAGUGAAUACAAAUUCAAGCUCUCAAAGGCUGAACAGGAAAUGGCCACGAUGGAACAAAAUGUAAACAGACUUGAAGGACAGGUGUCCAGAUAUAAAAAUUCAGCAGAUAAUGCAGAAAAGAUAGAAGAUGAACUGAAAGCAGAGAGAAGAAAACUUCAGAGGGAGCUGCGUACUGCCCUGGAUAAGAUCGAAGAAAUGGAAAUGACCAACAACCAUCUUGUAAAGCGGCUGGAGAAGAUGAAAGCAAACAGAAACGCUCUUCUAUCCCAGCAGUGAAGAGAGACUCUCCGACACCUUUCAGUUGGACACCAAAAAAGAAAUCUGCAGGCCCUUUACCUUGUUUCCUUGCCUCCUGUGGUAAAAUACAGAUUUACACCUUACUAAGGCAACACGGUCAGGGAGGGAACAUCUAAACCUUUGUGCUUCUUAUCUGAACCCGAGAAUAUUGCUGGUUUUGUUGGUUUUAAAGGCUUCGUACGUCACGGUAGCUGAUGAGGUUUCAUUGCUCGGACUGGGUGCUUCUUCCCCCUCCUCUUAUCCGAGUUGGAACGAGUAUAAAAGCGCUUUUAAACAGUAAAUCGACACGACCGCAGGGCCCUCGACGUCCAUGUAAAUGCCUACACAGCAAUGUGCCUUCACGGGGGGGGGGCGGGCGAGGGUCGUAUGCAUUGUAACACUAUACAGGAAAACAUAUUUCUACCGGUACAGAAAACUUUAAUGUGUUUAAUAAAGGGUACACCCAUGAGUUGAACGGUAUAGAAAAAUCAAUCAUGUCUGCUAUGGUUUCAAUUAAGUGUUUUUGUUUUUCAAGUAUUUAAAAUAUUUGUUGGAAAUAAAUAUGUAAAUGAAUGCAGUAUGAAUGGGUGGGUGAUUCAUGAAUUGUGAUCGUUUGCAGGGCACAUUGACUUUUGUUAGGUUUUUUUGAAGUGCUUUGUCACAAUGGACUACAUCAGUUUUACACUAAAUGCAACAACGAUUUUAACUCGCAGAUAAAGACCGAAGAUUUCAGAUUCAUGUACCGAUGCCGCUCAAUGCCUUUCACCACGCUGUUGUAAUCAGGUUUGGUGCAACUUUUUAAUCACACUAGAAACAAAUUGUCUGACACUUCAUGAACACAACGAUUUUAACUAAAGCGACUGCAAAGUAUACUGUAAAUAAAUUACAUGAUUUACAAACUGA